AUGUCUGGUGCUGUUGAAUCUUCCGAUAGAUCCUCCUCAGAGGGGAAAAAUAGCGACGAAACUGCUUCUUCGACGACCAAUCCAACGACCCCUACGAGCAGCAGUACAAGCAAUUGCACUAAUAACAACAAUGGUGCCGUAACCACCAAUGUCAACAAUAACAGUAGCUCUGAGCCUAACGAAAAAAACUCUCCAGUUAGUUCAAGCUCCCCAAAAUCAAGCGAAUCAAAAGAUAGGAAAAUUGUUGAUACUACCACGAGUACAAGCGAUGGGAUCACGAGCUCACCUAGCACACCUACUAGCAGUACCACCAGCAAUAAUAACAGAUCAUUGAAGCGGUUAUCGGGUGGAUCUCCCGGAAAUUCGAAUUCCAUUGUCAGUAGCAGUAGUAGCGGCAACGCCAGACUCAGCAAAACUGGUACCGCAUCAGAUGAUCGAAAGUCCCCGGCUGGUGGCACUAAUGGCGUGCAGGGAACGCAAACCUGCACCUGGUGUCUAGAAACGAAAAGUCCGCUUAAGUACGUGCUUCCGACACAGAACAUACAAAAGGAGUUCUGCUCUGAGACGUGCAUCAGCGAGUAUCGAAAGGCGAGUAAGGGAAUCUGCAUUCAGUGUGACAACCUCGUGCGGGCAAACGCCCCCAAGCCCAACUUUUGCUCGACGUUCUGUUUGAAGAAGCAUCAGAAGAAAAAAAACAUGGCGUUAACGCAUCCGGUCGAUGGUUUGAAGACGAAUGGGAGCAACAACAAUAACAACAACAGUAGUCAAAAUAAUAACAAUAGCGGUAGCAGUAAUGGUAGCAACGGAAACGCCCACGGUGGUCGCCGCAGUCAUGGAGACAACAAUUCGUCAGGUCGGACGGGAUCCGUGUUGGACGUUGCCGCGCAAACGACAUCCCGCAUCAGCCCCGUUACGACUACGCAAGCCGGAGCGUUCCAGUACGAGAGUUUCCACGUGUUCGAUUGGUCGGAGUACCUGCGAGAGUCGGGCAGCGUGCCGGCACCGGCCGAAUGCUUCAAGCAGGCGUUGGCUCCACCGAAGAACGAAUUCAAGAUCAACAUGAAACUGGAAGCGCUCGAUCCGCGAAACAUCACCUCGACGUGCAUUGCGACUGUCGUGGGAGUGCUCGGUUCCCGUUUGCGGUUGCGAUUGGAUGGGGGCGACAACAAGAACGAUUUCUGGCGGUUGGUCGACUCCAACGAGAUCCACCCGAUCGGGCACUGCGAGAAGUCGGGCGAAAUGCUAAAGCCUCCGCUUGGGUUUAGGCUGAACGCGAGCAGCUGGCCUGCGUUCCUCGCGAAGACAUUAAAUGGGGCGGUGAUGGCGCCAGAUUACAUCUUCGUGCCGGAGCCACCGACGCCCAAAUGCAACCUUUUCCAGGUGGGCCAAAAGCUGGAAGCCGUCGAUAAGAAGAACCCGCAGUUGAUCUGUUGCGCGACCGUGAACGAGGUGAAGGAAGACCAAAUCCACGUCACCUUCGACGGGUGGAGGGGUGCGUUCGAUUACUGGUGUCGGUACGAUUCGCGAGACAUCUUUCCGGUCGGCUGGUGUGCUAUGAGUUGCCACCCGAUGCAGCCACCGGGACAGAAGAACAAACUGGACGGAAGUGGUCACCGAUCGAAGCAAAGGUCGUCGUUUACGAUGCUGUCUGAUUCGCCGGACACCAUGACACCGGCCACGUUGGUGACGGCUCACUUCCACAGUCGGUGCCGAGGUGGUCCGUAUAUCAGCAGCGCUAAGCUGCCGUCUAUGGUGACGGCUCCGAACCACCAGACACUUGCUAAGCUGUGCUUGCAGGAGGUGCUGGCGGCGUCACGCGAUCAUUCGUUGCUAUCGCCACUGCUGUUCGGACUUGAUGGAGACGUGCACAUCGUAACCGCGGCCGGGAAGAAUUUCACUGUCAAAAUCCCCGCGUACAUCAAGCAGAAAGGAAACGCGGGUGUUUCCGAGUUCUUGGAGACGUUGUGCUCCUCUUGUCAGGCCUGUCCGCGUCUGAUUACGCUCGAACCAGGACCAGAGCAAUGCGAUGGGUGUGCCAUCCAUUUUUCCGCACUAAAGCGGCCAUUUAUCAAGACGGAACCGCGUGCUACAGCUGCCUCCAGUCCACCGCCCACGGCCGCGUCCUCUCCGAAGGCAUCUGCUACGGGCCGCACCGGUAAUGGAGCCGAGGUGCGUGCGGUGAAGGAUGAUAAGAAAGACGUAAAGGAUGUCCAUCCUCGAAGUCCUUCCCCGAAAAGGCGCUCAAUCGCCGGUAACAACGAAUCAAAAGCGGUAGUGAAAACCGAUCGAGGCCGUAUGAGUCCUGUGAGCACUACAUCGGCGACGUCGUCUUCGUUACACAUCACGAAGGAAGAGUACAUCGAGCCAAGCUCACCAACCACAACGACCCCGACAGUACCGGUAAAAUCACCCAAAUCAAAUGUGGAAAACAAAGGGGACCCUUCUGGUAAGUCAAAUGAUUCAUCUGCAUCGGAAGCGGUUACCGCGAGAGCGAGCCAGCGAAAAAUAUCCUCCGUAACCAAGUCGACGACUCAGUGCAAGUCAGCGAGUUCGGUGUGCACUUCCUCCAUCGAGAAGAAUCCUGCCAUAGGUUCGGCCAUUGUCAAGAUGAAAGGCAAAUCCGGUAACGUGUCAACUAUCGGAGCAGCCCAAGCGACUGCAGCCGUUGCUGCUUCAUCAGUUUUGACCGUUCCGGCAGCGGCAGCCGCCGUACCGUAUCAUCCGUCUCCGGUCGUUCCGCUGAUGGGUACAAGCACCAACUCGCCGCUACUUUCACCCUCUAGCUCCCUCGGUUCGCCGACCGCAAUAUCAUCGAUGUCAGCAUCUCUGAUACCGAUGGUGGCCGUGUCGACCUCAACGACGUACCAAACGUCGGUGAGUUCCACUCUUGGUGCGCUGGGUUGUGCCAGUACAGAGGCUGGAUUCCUUGCCGCCGUUACAGCAGGCGUUGUGUCGACGGUUCCACUAGCCACACUGGUUGCCAGCACGCCACAAAUUCCCCGCGGGCAGACGAGUGACUGGACGAUUGAGGAUGUGAUACAGUUCAUCGCCUUGCAGGACCCAUCAUUGGCCAUACAUGCCGAUCUCUUUCGCAAGCAUGAAAUCGACGGAAAAGCACUGUUGCUGCUGAACAGUGACAUGAUGAUGAAAUACAUGGGUCUGAAGCUGGGACCGGCUCUGAAAAUCUGCAAUCUGGUCAGCCGUGUGAAGGGACGGCGACAUAACACAUCUUCUUAG